UCGGCUCAUUUUCUGAGAGGAAGGAGGAAAGCGACGGAAAUAGGAGGGGGAGAUAGAGCCUCCCAUCCCUUUAAGAACAACUGGGACAUAGCGGAGAGAGGAAAAGGAGAGGAGGGGGUAGAAGAAAGAGGAAUUAAAAAAGAAAAGGAAGAAAGAGACAGGGAAGGGAGGGAGGAGAGAGAGAGAGCGCGCGAUAAAAAAAGAAAGAUGACAUCCUGUGAAUUGAAGCGCCGAGGUGGAGCGGCGGGCUGCGGCCGGGCUCGAGUGUUAUUCGUCCGGGUCACGGCUUGAAUCCUACAGCGAGGCUUCGACAAACACCCGAUUGGCCUGUCGGGGGGAUCGAGGAAAAAACACUGAUUUAUCCAUAGCCGCCUUUAAGUUUGACUCUUUAAAAUGCGUCAAGCGCAUUACGUAUAACCGCUAUUUUAACGUCUAAAUGCCUCAACUGCUGUUUUAUAAUGCAUGAUGUUAGCCUGUAGAAAUAACAUUAUUGGUUUCGGUUUUUAAGUCAUGCAAAUGAAUAAAUAGCAUGUUGUUGUAAUGUCUCGGGUUAAAGUUGGAUAGGAGCAUAUUAAACACUAAAUAGUGUGCAUUAUUGCCUGCUAAUCCAGGCCGAUAAUUAAAUAUGCGAUUGGGGGGAUACUUAAAAAAACACAUCUAAACAUUAAACGCAAACUACAGACUAUUUAAAGGAUGUCAGUUGUUCGCUAUUAAUCUUGAUGAUUGUGUAGUUGAUUAUAAUAUUCAUCGCUGUGGAACAAAAUGGAUGCCGCGUGGAGCAAUUUUCUCUUCCAGACCACACCUUCCCAGACCCAAGUGGAGGGGACCCUCCAAUCAGAACUUCUGCCUGUCCACACGACCUCUCCUCAAACCCCGCCCAACGAGCACAUAGCUCCGCCUCCAUCGACAGUGGACACUGCUGCUCUCAAUGAGGACCCUGUACCUGUGAAGCCAGUGUCCAGGACGGCUCGUGCGGCUCAUAUCUGCUCAAUUUGCAGUAAGCAGUUCAAGAACAGCUACAAUCUGCGGCGCCAUCAAUCCGUCCACACCGGCAUCCGCAUGAAGGGGGGCUCUCAGAGCCAAGAGGCCAUGGCCAAAGAGAGUGCAGAAAGACACGCAGUCCCCCUCUCUCUCCUUCACCUCUCCAUACCCCAACAGCAAACCCAAACGCUGCCCCCUACUGCCGCUGCCCCUCCCCACACACAAGUCCUGGCCACUCAAGAUGGAAAUGAUGUUGCCAUGGAGAGCGUGGCUUCCACUGUGACCGCCCUCCCUCCUCCGACUGCUGUUGUCAUGGUAACAGGGGAGCCUGUACAGAGACCAGUAAACCAGAACCCCAACCCUGUGCGUAAAAACCACGCGUGUGAGACCUGUGGUAAAGCCUUCAGGGAUGUGUACCACCUGAACAGACACAGGCUCUCCCACUCGGACGAGAAGCCAUUUUCCUGCCCGAUCUGCCAGCAGCGCUUCAAGCGGAAGGACCGCAUGAGCCAUCACGUCAGAUCCCACCAGGGAGGCGUGGAGAAGCCCUAUGUGUGCCCACACUGUGCUAAAGCUUUCUCACGGCCUGAUCAUCUCAACAGUCAUGUCAGACAGGUCCAUUCUUCAGAACGGCCCUUCAAAUGUCCGACGUGUGAAUCAAGCUUUGCCACACGGGACAGACUGCGUGCUCACAUGAUCAGACAUGAAGAGAAGGUUCCGUGUCACAUCUGUGGCAAACUGCUGUCUGCUGCAUAUAUCACGGAUCACAUGAGGGUGCACAACCAAUCACAGCAUCACUCCUGCCACCUCUGCAACCGCAGUUUCACCACGCUGACGUACCUGCGUGUUCACGCUCAGAAGCACCACGGUCAGGAGUGGAAGGAGAGCGGAGGAGGCUUCGGCACCACAGGCUCUGGAGGCGUCCUGGUCUGUCAGCUUUGCGGUGUGCACUGCAAGACCCCCACACAGCUGCAAGGCCACAUGGGUACCCAUAACCCCCCUGUGAGCGAUCCCAACCCCAUCAUCACCACCACAACCACCACCACCAGUGAGGCGGUUCCGGGGAGCACGGUCACCCUGUGCAACAUGGUCUCGGCACCCACGAUGUUCGUGAGCGGAAACACGGUGGUGGAUCUGCUGGUGACCGACUGCUCCAGCAUCAUCCCGCAACCUCAAAGCUAGCAGAGCAGGCCUGUAGCGCACACGUGCUAGUACUCACACAUACUACACACAGCUAAAAAAGUAGCUACUACACACACGUAUGACUCAAAACAGCCAUUUAUACAAUUUAUUACACUAAAGUUCCACAGGAAGCCAAGGAGAAACUGUGAAAAUAGGCAUUCUGAGUAGGAGUUGCUCAUGCUUUAUGACAUGCACUCACGUACAACGACAACUACUGUAGCAUGAUACAUUUUGAAAGAACACCUCUCAAUGAUGCACAUAUUAAGACACAGUCGCUUUACGCUUAACUCUCUCGAAACCAGAUUAAUAUGUACAUUUUCUUGUCGUGCUGAGAGGGCAGGGUGACUAUUUAGUCUUCCUAGGCUAUCUUGGCUUAACAAGAAGGAUCAGGGCAUAAAGGUGGGAAAACAGACUUAGAGGGCAGUAUUUUUCCUUUAAAGCGGAUGUUUGCUCAUUUACUCACUUUUAUUCAGAUUUCGUAUGACUUUCUGUCACAAAACAGAGCUUUUUUUCUCCUUUUGGAAGCUUUGGAGGCUGUUGAUUUUCAUUGCAUGGAAGAGAGCAGCUCAGACAUUCUGCUAAAUUUCUUCUUUUAUGUUCUACGGAAAAAGGAAGUCAUAUGGGUGAGUAAAUGUUGGGUGAAAGAUCACUAUUAGGAAAAAAUGGCCACGUCGCGCUGGUUUCUCUUUCACUGUCGUCUUCUCCCUUUCAACUUCUCUGUUUUCAUCGCUGCAGGACUCUGAUGAUACUGUGAUUGUGUAUUGCUACUGUAUUUCUUUUGCCUGUAAUAUGAUUUCCUGUUUGUUUGCCAGACGUCCACCGCCAUAAAAAGGCCUCGAGAUCCAUUCAUAAGUCAUAAUAGUUCUGGUGACGAAAGACAAAAAGCAGAAGAAAGAGCUGAAAGGUGAAAACGAGAGGUUUCAUGAGGUGAAAGAGGAAAGUAGUAACGUUCAGCAAAGACAAUUACAUACACACUAUGUGGCAGAUGCCAGGUUAUAUUUAACGCAAAA